CUCGGCCAUGACCACGGCGUGGUACCGGCCCACGUGGGACCUGGCCCUGGACCCGCUGGUGUCUUGCAAGCUGUGCCUCGGCGAGUACCCGGUGGAGCAGAUGACCACCCUGGCCCAGUGCCGCUGCGUCUUCUGCACGCUGUGCCUGAAGCAGUACGUGGAGCUCCUGAUCAAAGAAGGAUUCGAAACCGCUAUCAGCUGCCCGGACGCCGCCUGCCCGAAGCAGGGCCGCCUGCAGGAGCACGAGAUCGAGUGCAUGGUUGCGGCUGAAAUUAUGCAAAGAUAUAAAAAGCUACAAUUUGAAAGAGAGGUGCUGCUGGACCCCUGUCGGACCUGGUGCCCGGUGUCCACCUGCCAGGCCGUGUGCCAGCUCCCGGAGAUGGGGCUGCAGACAUCCCAGCCGGUGCAGUGCAAGGCCUGCGCCACGGAAUUCUGCUCCGCCUGCAAGGCCAGCUGGCACCCCGGCCAGGGCUGCCCAGAGACCAUGCCCAUCACCUUCCUCCCCGGGGACACCAGUUCGGGGUUCAGGCUGGAGGAGGACGACGCGCCCAUCAAACGCUGCCCCAAGUGCAAGGUCUACAUCGAGCGGGACGAAGGCUGCGCCCAGAUGAUGUGCAAGAACUGCAAGCACGCCUUCUGCUGGUACUGCCUGGAGUCCCUGGACGACGACUUCCUCCUCAUCCACUACGACAAGGGGCCCUGCAGGAACAAGCUGGGCCACUCCAGGGCCUCCGUGAUCUGGCAUCGGACACAG